GUUUUCCAGUAACCCAAAAAAUACGUCAUAGUAAAGACUUGUCGACGAAAGUCGUUACUUUUGAUCCAAAAGAGGUCUCAUUUCGUGAGUGACAUCUUAGAAUACAGCUUUCAAGUCCGAAGCAAAAUCCGCAGUGCACAUUCCAUAUUGAUUGAGUGAAAAAAGUGAGCCGUAAAAUGGCUGGAACACAAUUAUUAUUGGCCGACGAAGAUGUCGAAAUUGGAGGAAAAGAAGAACAUAUUGGAGAAGGAGGCAUACAAAAUGAUUUUGCCUAUAAUAACAAUGUCAACAAUGCACACAUCAAGAUUCGGAUGGCUUUCUUGCGGAAAGUUUAUGGUCUGCUGAGCAUUCAGCUGCUUAUGACAGUUAUCGUUUCUGCUGUCUUCAUGUCUUGCGAUUCCGUCAAAUUCUUCGUUCAACAGAACAGUUGGACGGUUGGGUUGUCAUUUAUUCUGACAAUGGGAAUUCUCAUAGCUCUACAUUUCAAAAGACGAGAACAUCCCAUUAACUUAAUUCUUCUUGGAGCAUUUACUUUAAUCCAAUCGUAUACGGUGGGAAUAGUGGUGUCAAUGUAUGAAACAGCCGUAGUGCUUGAGGCGUUGUUCAUAACUUUGGUAGUCGUUUGCGGGUUGACCAUCUUCACUUUCCAAACGAAACGAGAUUUCUCUUUUCUCGGAUUUGGAUUAUUUGCCGGAUUGUGUGGACUGUUAGUCGGUGGUUUCAUUCAGCUCUUUGUACAGAGUACCGUUUUGGAACUUUUCAUUGGCAUAGCCGGUGCUGUCCUGUUCUCAAUCUUCAUAAUCUUUGAUACACAACUACUGAUGCACACCUUAUCACCAGAGGAAUACAUCCUUGCCACUAUCAACAUCUAUCUCGACAUAAUUAAUUUGUUUUUACAUAUUUUACGGGCACUGGCUGCCUCAAGACAAUAAAUUAUUCCCAUUGUUUACCCUUCCUACUUUUUUGUUGCCUCGUUGUUAAAAGAAGACUACAAGUUAUUACGCUAAUUGUCUAAAAAUAGUGGUAAUAAAUGACAACAGUAUUUUGUUUCAA